AUGGGCUGGAACUCUAGAUUGAAGAAUAGCGACAACCGUCAGGCCCUAGAGUCGACGACGCCUCUUAACACCAAGACAACAUCGUGGCUAAAAGAUCCCGGACUUCGCCCCCUCAAUUUUGGUCUCUUCUUCCUUCUGUUUGGUGAUGUUGCUCAUGGUUUCGACGGAUCUUUGAUCAACAACCUCCAACAGAUUAACAAAUGGCAAGAUGGAAAGAGGUCAGACUUUGACCACCCCCGAGCAAGUCUUCUAGGUGCCAUGAGCGCAUCGUACUGGAUCGGGAACAUCCUAGGAGUCAUCCUCAUUCCCCUUGUCGCAGAUCGCCUCGGCCGACGCAUCGCAAUCGCCACGGGUUCCGGCCUUUGCAUCGUAGGUGCAGCAAUUUGCGCAGCGACGGUGAGCCACGGAGCCUUCAUCGCUGGUCGAAUUCUUCUUGGCAUGGGAGGAGUCAUGUGCUCUUCCGUUUCGACGGUCUUGAUGACGGAGCUGGCGUACCCAUCCCACCGGGCGACGGCGACGGCAUUGAGCAGCACGACAUACAGCGUUGGGGCCAUCUUGGCCGCCUGGGUAGCCUUUGGAAGUUUCCGAAUUUCGGAUUCAUGGGCGUGGAGAACGCCGACACUGAUUCAGGCGUUUCCAUCGGCGAUGGUGCUAUGCGGACUCUUCUUCUUGCCGGAAUCGCCUCGAUGGCUUUGCAGCAAGGGCAAGGAGCAGACAGCGCUUGAUAUCCUGAUAAAGUACCACGGUGCAGGGGAUGCCGACGAUGCAGUCGUCCAGCACGAAUACGCCGAGAUCAAAGAGACUAUCGAGGCGGAAAUCACGCAGAACAAGAACCCCUUCCACCUCAAGGCUCUUUUCGCAACCCCAGGCAACCGGUGGCGAUCGUUCAUCAUCAUCUGGUGCGGGAUAUGCAAGCAGUGGUCCGGGAACGGGUUGGUAUCAUACUACCUGGGAAGCAUGCUCAAAAGCGCAGGCAUCACCAAGCAGAUCGAGACAACGUUGAUUACCGCAACAUCUCAGAUGUUCAGUUUCGCAUGUUCCUUUGCCUUCGCCUUCCUUCCGGCGCGUGUCGGCCGCCGGCCCCUCAUGCUGACAAGUAUGGCCGGAAUGUGGGUGGUAUUCGCAGUCAUCACGGCCACGUCCGGCGCCUACGUCGAGACAGGGAACCGUCACGCAAGUUACACAACUGUGGCGUUCAUCUAUCUCUACAGCGGUGUGCAUAAUCUAGGCUGGACGGGCGCACAAAUGCUCUACAUUGUCGAAAUCCUUCCCUACACCAUCCGCGCCAAGGGCAUGGCCAUGUUUUCUCUUGUCGCGGGUAUUUGUGGAGCCUUCAAUACCUACGUUAAUCCUCUCGGCAUUGCAGCCAUGUCCUGGAAGUUUUACUUCUUCUAUGUUGGCUGGAUUAUUGUCCAGUUCAUUGUUGUAUACUUGUUUUUCCCUGAGACCAAGGGACCUAGCUUGGAACAGAUUGCGCUGCUCUUCGAUGGUAGAGAUGCUCAGAUGGGCCGAGUCAAUGUUGUGGCAGAAGAGAUGCUAGAUGAGAAGGGCGGAGUAGAGUUCCAGACAAAGCAACAGCAGUAG